AUGGAUGCCAUCGAUUUGACGCCAUUCACACAAACACAUUUGAGGAUGGGGCGUGAUUGGAGUGAUGUUAGCGGUUCCUUGAUGCAACUGGGAGCUGCGUAUUUCAUAUUUUCGUGGUCUGAUGUAGCUUAUGUGAUGGAACUCAAAUACGGUAUUCGCUUAAUGUCACCUGCGGAGUGCCAAUCACAGCUUUUUUGCCUUUUCUCUGCACAAGGAGUAUCUAAUAGUCAACGCCGCGCUGGUAAUCCGGCUGCAACUGCCCCCCCCCUUUCUGGCUGA